AUGAGUGCGAGAUGGUUGAUGAAUCUGUCGUUCCGCGCCGAAAAGUUCGGUGUGCUGCUCGCUUCCGUGUCCAACUCCACCCUCCUGUACAUGCUCUUCUUCAAAGCGAGCACUUCGUUCGGCGCCUAUAAACACCUGAUGAUCUGCUACACAAUCAUUGAGAUGCUCUACUCGCUCAUCAGUUUAGGCGCAGGAAUGGCGGCUCACAGCACCGACUUUGCGUACGUCGUCUUCCAAAUGAAUUCAGGAUUCUGGGGUCGUUCGAUUGCUCCGAUAUUUCUCGGUGAGUUCGGAUCUCUGCUCUGCAAUCUGUAAACUAUUUCAGUCGACUUUUGCGGAAUAUAUUUCGUGCUUCUUCUCAUUCUUGCCGUUCACUUCAUCUAUCGUUAUUUCGUUGUUUGCGAGUAAGCAAAAAAGGAUAACUUCAAAAAACAUUUCUCGAAAUCGUUUCCAGUUCCAAGAAGGUGGAGUUGUUUGACGGCUGCUACCUCGUCUUCUGGAUUGUCGUUCCGAUUGUUUUCGGUUGCGCCCAGGCCGCUCUGAAGAUGAUCAUGUUUGCGGAGAACGAGUAUCUGACGGACGCUUUACGGUGAUUUACAUACCCGGAAACUAGAACGUUCUUGUUUUAGAGAACCGUUUCUUCUCAACUACAACUUGACAAUGGAGCAGAUUGUCUACAAUGGACCCAUCUAUUACGUGUGCAACUCUGUCGACGAAUGCGAAAAACCUUUGGCGCCCUGGAUAACAAUGAUAUGGAUCACGUUUUCAUUGGUGAGAAGAUCACAUCAUUGGAGAGUUCAUCCAAUGGCUUUCAGGCGGUUUGCCUUUGCAUCAUGUCGUUCUGUUGUCACCGGACCCUCGUGAAACUCGGACGAAAGGAGCCGCACGCCAGUAUCCGGACCGUCGAGCUUCAGAAACAGCUGAUGACAGCACUCGUCAUCCAGUCGGUCAUCCCGAUCUGCCUCAUGUACAUCCCGAUCGUCUUCCUCUUCACUUCUCCGAUGUUUGGAGUGUCGUUCGGUCCCUACGUCAACCUCACGAUGGCCACUCUCGCCAUCUACCCGCCCGUCGACCAGUUCGCCAUUCUUUAUGUCAUUAAAGAUUUCAGAACGGCAAUCAGAAGUCAGUGUUAUUUGUUAUCUUCCAUAACACUUUGUGAUAUUGCAGAAUUCUUCUGCAGAAGCGCGGACAUGUCCAGUCCACAGUCAUCCGUCGCGGUUUUCUCCUCAAAGUUCAGCAUCUGA